GUUAUGCCCAACGUUAUCAAUGAAUAAUACAUGUUUUUCUUGACCAAAUGCGACACAAUCCCAUUGCCUUCCAGUCAAAAACUACACUAACCGCGUUGUCUGCAUUGCGUUUUAUUUCACCCAGGACAAAGUGCAGAGUUGUGUCUCUCGCUUCACAUAUGCGACUCUGGCUGUAAACCUACACUCACUUCCCUGAAAUGGAAACUGGGCGGAGAUCUCGUUCCUGAAUCUCGAAAGUGAAAGUAUAAAAAGGAUUAUAGAAGGCUUUUUGUAGCUUGAUGGUUAACAUUAUCACAGGUUUGUAAACCGUGUAAGGCUUAUCAUUAUCGUAACCUAUGUGGGCUGUACAUGGACCGAUGAGAUUGCGCGCAUGUCGGCCCCUUCCUCAACUGUUCAUCGAGUGUGUGCCACGGACACCACCAUUUUUGAUCAAUGCUCAGGAGCCUCGGGACUGUCAGGAGCCUCGGGACUGUCAGGAGCCUCGGGACUGUCAGGAGCCUCGGGACUGUCAGGAGCCUCGGGACUGUCAGGAGCCUCGGGACUGUCAGGAGCCUCGGGACUGUCAGGAGCCUCAGGACCCGGAUGAUUCACAAAGAAUCAAACAGAACAGAAAAAGGAUAAUCAUUACAGGAGCAGCAGCAACAGUGGGAGCAACUGCAGCAGUGUUGGGGGCACCAGUAGCCCUGGGAGUGGCAGGUUUGACUACUGUUGGGGUUGCUGCUGGAGCAACUGCAGGGGGCACCGCAAUAGGAACGAGUACAAUUGCUGCAGCAGCAACAGCAACAGUGGGAGCAGUUGCGGCAGUGGCAAUGGCACCAGUUGUCCUAGGAGCGAUAGGAUUCACUGCUGGUGGGAUUGCUGCUGGAUCAUAUGCAGCAAGCAUGAUGUCUGCAGCGGCCGCGGUAAAUGGAGGUGGGGUAGCAGCAGGGGGUCUUGUUGCUGUUCUACAGUCAGCAGGUGCUGCAGGGCUUUCAGGAGCGGCUACAGCGGCGGUGGGAGGUGCUGGAGCUGCGAUUAGUGGAGCCUUGGGAUGGGGGGCCGCAGGAGCAGGGUUCUCAGGAGCGGCAGCAGCUACUACAGCAGCUACGGCAGGUGCUGCAGGGCUCUCUGCAACGGCUACAGCAGCCGCGGGAGGUGUUGGAGCAGCAGUUGGGGGAACAGCAGCAUGGCUGGCCUCAAAGCCAAGGACACCUGAAAAGGAGGAAGGAAAAGAUACAGGAGCAGCUACAGCAGCUGCUGCAGGAGGUGCCUCAGGAGAGGCUACAAAGGCUGUGGGAGGUGUUAGAGCAGCAGUUGUUGGAGCGUCUGAAGGGGAGGGAGGAGUCAAGGAGAGAGAGCUUUCAGGAACGACUACAGCAGCUGCAGAAGGUGCUACAGGGCUUUCAGGAGAGGCUACAGCAGCUGUGGGUCGUGUUAAAACAGCAGUUGGUGGAGCGGCGGGAUGGCUGUUCUCAAGAAUCAGGACGUCUAAAAAGGAGGGAGGAGAUUAAAGAGGGAAGAGAGAGGAUGAGAAGAGGGCCCUUUACAUAAAAAACUGUUGAUGUUAUGAAUGUUUUUUUUGUUGCUCCUUAAUUAUUUGUUAUUAUAUUUUUCUCAUUGGAAGGUUGCAAGUUCAAACCCCCGAGCCGACAAGGUACAAAUAUGUCGUUCUGCCCCUGAACAGGCAGUUAACCCACUGUUCCUAGGCCAUCAUUGAAAAUAAGAAUUUGUUCUUAACUGACUUGCCUAGUAAAAUAAAAAAAUACAAAAUUGCUAGCAAUACUAAGGAACAACCACACAAAUGUGACAGAGGAAAGAUUUAACAAUGGAAUUAUGAGUGGCGUCUUUAGGCCUAGAUUUCUGGGGCUUCAGCCCAAGAGGUUUUUGUUCCAGAAAGAAAUUGUUUUUCUGACUGAACCACAUAUCUUUUGACAGUAACGCAAUGUCCCGUUUUGGACUGAAGCUGAACUUUACAAUAUUAUAUUUAACCCUGUUUAAAAUGAGCAAUGUUGAGGUGGUAGAACUGACCAAAUGAAAUUAAUCGUAGACGUAUUAUAACCUAUUCCAUUCUACAGGUUAACGUGCUUGGAUCAUGUCUGUUAUUUCCAUAUAGACUAUGUAACUAUUUGUUUAAAAAAAUAAGAAAUAGUGAAUUUAUUUCAUUGGGCUGUAUUUAUUCACUUACCUACUUAGUUUUUCUAUCAUUGCUGUUGCGCUGUCAAGAGGAUAACCUGCAAGUUAGUAUUUCAUUGCACUGUUUACUCCAUUUACUCCAUGGCGGACUGCAAUAGCGUCGAAUAGUCCCUGCGAUAUGCAACUGUUCAGGGAAGUCAGGAACCAAUACACGCAGUCAGUCAGGAAAGCAAAGGCCAGCUUUUUCAAGCAGAAAUUUGCAUCCUGUAGCUCUAACUCAAAAAAGUUCUGGGACACUGUAAAGUCCAUGGAGAACAAGAGCACCUCCUCCCAGCUGCCCACUGCACUGAGGCUAGGUAACAUGGUCACCACUGAUAAAUCCAUGAUAAUCGAUAACUUCAACAAGCAUUUCUCAAUGGCUGGUCAUGCCUUACUCCUGGCUACUCCUACCUCGGCCAACAGCCGAGGUAGGACUUAUCCAGAGUAAGUCACUCUGGAUAAGAGCAUCUACUAAAUUACUAAAAUGUCAAUGUAAAAUGCCAGGGGGGGGCAGCCAGAAAGAAAGGGGAAGAGAUGGCCAGCUUUGUGGUUAGAUUGUAGGUGAAUAGUUUUAUUUUUUUAAUACAUAGGCCCUUAACUUGGAACUAUCCAUCCCGGAUCUGGGAGAAUUGUCAUCAACUAUACUAAUUAGCAUAGCGCAACGGUAAAAAAAAAAUACUAGAAAAUAUUCAUAUUCAUGAAAUCACAAGUGAAAUAUAGUGAAACACAGCUUAGCCUUUUGUUAACCACCGUGUCAUCUCAGAUUUUGAAAUGAUGCUUUUACAGCCAAAGCAAGACAAGCAUUUGUGUAUUUUUAUUGAUAGCCUAGCAUAGCACUAUGUCCAGCUAGCAGCAGAAAGCUUGGUCACGAAAAUCAGAAAGGCAAUCAAAUUAACCAUUUACCUUUGAUGAUCUUCGGAUGUUUUCACUGACGAGACUCCCAGUUAGACAGCAAAUGUUCCUUUUGUUCCAUAAAGAUUAUUUUUAUACCCAAAAUUCAGUAGGAGCGAGAGAAAAAUGACUACCUCUGUCUUUUACGCAAGAAUCACUCUGAGAGCCCUCAGCUGGCCACUUACGCAAUGUAGUCGUUUACGCUCAUUCUUCAAAUCAAAGGCCUGAAACUACGUCUAAAGGCUGUAGACACAUUAGGGAAGCCACAGAAAAAGGAAUCUGGUUGAUAUCCCUUUCAAUGGGCAAUAGGGAUACAUAGAAAGACAGGGGUUUCAAAAUAAGAGUCACUUCCUGAUUGGAUUUUUCUCAGGAUUUCGCCUGCAAUAUCAGUUCUGUUAUACUCACAGACAAUUUUUUUUACAGUUUUGGAAACUUUAGAGUGUUUUCUAUCCUAAGCUGUCAAUUAUAAGCAUAUUCUAGCAUAUGGUCCUAAGAAAUAGGCAGUUCACUUUGUGGAUGUUAUUUUUCCAAAAAUAAAAAUAGUGCCUCUUAGUUUCAAGAGGUUUAAUUGUGUCCUCAAAUGUUGUCAUCUAAAAAUCUCACAUUAGCUGGUAGAACUGAUGAGGUUGUAUAUCUUAUUAGUUUCUACAUUUUUUUUUUAAAUUUUUUGCUCAUGUAAUUGUAUAAGGCCAAACGGUUUGGUGGGGAUAUAGCUAUAAUUAAAACAUGGAGAGACA